AGCCGACGCUUGUCUGAUGAGCACGUUUCCGCUUCCGGUGACGUGUGAGAGAAAGAUGGCUGCGCGGGGAAAGAAACGUGCGGCGGAGCGAGCGGCACAAAACAAGACGAAACGAGCGAAAUUGAACGGGAACAAAACGCCACAAACCGAGAAAAACCCGAAGACCGUGACGUUUACCCCGGAGAAUGAAGAAGAAGCGAAUAAAAACAUCAUCAGCGUCCCGCCGCCCGUCAGCUCGGGCAAAUGGACGAAUAAGGAGCGAGUGUUGGUGUUUUCUUCUCGCGGGAUCAGCUUCAGGACGAGGCACCUGAUGAUGGAUCUACGGACCAUGAUGCCUCACAGCAAAGCUGACACCAAGAUGGACAGGAAAGACAAGCUCUUUGUGGUGAACGAGGUGUGUGAGAUCAAAAACUGCAAUAAAUGCAUCUUCUUUGAAGCCAAGAAGAAACAGGAUCUUUAUAUGUGGAUCUCAAACGUUCCUCACGGACCUUCAGCCAAGUUCCUUGUACAGAACGUUCACACUCUCGCUGAGCUGAAAAUGACCGGAAACUGUCUGAAAGGCUCCAGACCGCUCCUGUCCUUCGACCCAAAAUUUGACCAGGAGCCGCACUACGCGCUGCUGAAGGAGCUCUUCACUCAGACCUUCUCGACGCCUCGCUAUCAUCCGAAGAGUCAGCCGUUUGUGGACCAUGUUCUGACCUUCACCAUCGCUGACCACAGGAUCUGGUUCAGGAACUAUCAGAUCAUCGAAGAAGACGCGUCUCUGGUGGAGAUCGGCCCACGAUUCGUCUUGAAUCUGAUCAAGAUCUUCCAGGGCAGCUUCGGUGGACCCACGCUGUUCGAGAACCCUCACUUCCAGUCUCCCAACACGCAUCGGCGCCUGAUCCGACAGGCCACAGCGGCCCGACACAAGGAGCGUCAGCUGGUGAAGCAGAUCCUGAAGGAGAAGCGCUCCGAGGAGCAGGAGGUGCUGGCGAAGGACGUGACAGACGAGGUGUUCCAGACUCCAGCCGAGCCCAAAGAUCCUGAGGUCCAGCUACAGCCUCCAGAACCACACAAGAAGAAGACGCUGCGCCUCACCGAGCUGAAGAAGAGGACGCUGAUGAAGCGCAAAGGCCUGCGAUAAACCUGCUGUACUCCCUGAACAUCUCUGUGAUCGUCACGCAGGCUUGCAUCGAUGGUCUACUGAUCUCAGAUCACCGCUUCUGAAACACUUAACAUGGCUCACUGCUUUCACACUGUGUUUCUAAAUGACCAAGCUACAGACAAACUUGAGUUAGGUCUGUUUUAAUGCAUUCACACUGAACACAUUAUUAAAAACGCUGUGUUAUUCUGGACUCAUCUGCUUGUGUGUACAUGGCAUACUUUAUUAAUAAUGUGUUUGAGCUUGGUCUUUUAAAAACACUGUUUAAAAGCAGUAAGCCACGUGAAGUGUUUCAGAAGUUUUUUUUACAUCUUUGUGUUUCUGAUUGUUUUGUAAACAAUGCAUUGUUAAUAAAACCUUUAAUCAAUGUUCAAA